AUGAGUGGCACUUCAAAGCAACAACUGGGUGAUGGUGGCAAAAGUCCACAGUGUAGCCGGUCAGUAUUACCGGAGGAAGAAGCUGAUCAAAUAGUUAACUCGGGUGGAGGAGAAGUUGCUCUAAAGAAAGGUAUCGAAGCUGAUCAAACAGUUAAUGCGGGUGGAGGAGAAGUUGCUCUUAAGAAAGGUAGCACUUCGACACGAAAACAUAAAGUGUCAUCAUUAUCAAGUGGCAGUGAUGUUGGUAAAAGGUCAAAGCUUAGCCGGUCAAUAUUACCGGAGGAAGAAGCUGAUCAAAGAGAUAAUGCGGGUGGAGGAGAAGUUGUUCUAAAGAAAGGUCUGUGGACAAAGGAAGAGGAUGAAAAUUUGAAAGAUCAUAUUAAAAAGCAUGGAGAGGGAAACUGGAAAGCAGUCCAAAAGGAAUCAGGACUUGCUCGCUGUGGGAAAAGUUGUCGUCUCCGAUGGUCAAAUCACUUGAGGCCACGAGUGAAAAAAGGUUCAUUUACUGCCAAAGAAGAAUGCCUAAUCAUUGAGUGGAACUUUCUGAAGGGAAACAAGUGGGCUCAUAUGGCUACAUUUGUAUAUCUAAUAACUUAA